AAGUGCUUUUAAGCAGGCGCAAAUUCACCACUUAAUUUUAAAUAAACAUAAAUAUGCCAGGAGAAGGUGAACUCCUAGAACCCGAAAUGAAAUGUGCAAUGCUCUGAAAUAGAUGAAUUGAGAGUCGAGUCUACUGAGUAAAGCCUCCCCGAACAAGUCAAUGACGAUAGCAGCAGGGAUCGGGUACGCCUUGCUAGCGCUAGGCCCGUCUCUCUCCCUCUUCGUCUCUGUCAUCUCCAAAAAACCCUUCUUGGUUCUCACCGUACUUUCAAGCACAUUGUUAUGGCUCAUGAGUCUCAUCGUGUUGUCGGGAAUAUGGAGGGCAUUUCUGCCUCUCAAAUCAUCGACAUGGUGGCCCUAUGGCAUUCUCAUAUUCACAUCGGUUGCGUUUCAAGAAGGGCUUCGGGUUCUUUUCUGGAGAGUCUACAAGAGGUUGGAAGAUACAUUGGAUGCUUUUGCUGAUAGGGUCUCUAAACCACGCCUAUAUCUGACUGAUAAGAUGCAAAUUGCUCUGGCUGGAGGUUUGGGUCAUGGAGUGGCACAUGCUGUGUUUUUCUGUAUCAGCCUCUUAACACCAGCAUUUGGUCCAGGAACUUUUUUUGUUGACAGAUGCUCGAAGAUUCCAUUUUUUCUUCUUUCUGCACUUCUUGCCCUUGCAUUUGUCACAAUUCAUACUUUUUCUAUGGUCAUCGCAUUCAAUGGAUAUGCAGAAGGGAAUAAGGUGGACCAGCUUUUUGUUCCUAUCAUUCAUCUUGUUGCAGGGAUGGUGACACUAGUUAAUUUUGCAUCUGGGGGUUGUUUCAUCGGCAUUCCUCUCCUGUACUUCAUCGCCAUCUUGACCUUAUUGCAUUGCGGGAAGAUGGUGUGGAGAAGGUUAACGGAGAACCGAGGCAGACAGGGUUCUAUGUAGAAUCCAGUGACUUGAGUUACUCGUUUCUAAUUACUGAUGUCCAGUUCCCUCGCCCUGUAUCUUUUUUUGGCAAUUCCAUUGCCAUGUGGUCUGUUAGUCCAAAAGGUCAAGAGCUUCUGCAGCCUGAAGAAAUGUUUGUUUUCGUUAUGAGGCCAGUUCAUUUCCAGCAAAAGGACAAGAUGUUAUCCUGAUUCUCAGGGAUAGAUGUUAUACCUUGUGUUAAACUGACAAAGGACUUUAGCAUCUUAGGAGGCAAACUCUAUGUACCUUUUGGGCUUCUAUAAGGUUUUUAGCUUUCACAGACCCCAUAGAAGCAUUAUUAAGAAAAAGACGUUCGUGUAUCGUACAUCGUUGCCCUUGAUAGAACCUUUUAAUAUAUAGAUAUGACAACCGUGGUUUAUGGUUGCUGGAAA